AUGGAUCAAGCACAGACUAGAGCCCUGGCUGCGAUUCAACCGUUUGUUCAUCUUGCAACAACUCAAAAGAACCCUACACAACGCUUUGUCUGUGACCUCAUCAACCGCGCCAUCUCCGCCCCGGGAACAUAUCUUUUCACCGAAUUGCUUCAGACACCCGCUGUUCAAAAUCUACGUGGUUCAGACUCGCAGUCAUGGCUGACCGUACUGGAGAUCUUUAGCUGGGGAACUCUCGAGGAAUAUCAUGCGACACCUGGCUUGCCUAAGCUUGAUGACAAUCAAACCCUCAAACUUCGCCAACUCUCUCUCCUGACACUUUCGUCACCUUUCGCACCCAGCUCUGGAGACGGCACCACCAAUAACCUCACCUACACCUCCCUCCUCACCUCUCUCACGCUCCCCAACGCUGCCAGCCUCGAAUCGUUAGUUGCGCAGUCCAUCUAUUCCGGCCUGCUGGUUGCCCGGCUCUCACCCACCUCCAAUCCUCCAGUCGUACACGUCACAUCUGUUGCACCGCUCCGCGAUCUCCGGCCGCAGUCCCUCCCCGCUCUACUUCAGAUCCUACAGACCUGGGAGUCACGCUGUACGUCUAUAGUCACCGACCUCGAAGCACAGAUAACCGCUAUCCGCACCACCGCCACUGAUCGCAACACAAAGGCCCGCCGCAGACAGGAUACUGUGGACGUGGCAGUGUUGAGUGAGAAGCCAUUGAAUGAGACCGCAGACGCUGCAAAGGCGGCUGCUUCACAACGUGCUUUGAGAAGCGGAGCGAGCAAAUUGCCUAGUAAGCGGAAUCUCGACCCGGACGCUGAAGGUGAGGAGGAUGAGCUGAGCGACGACGACGGUCGAAUGGAUCUAGACGAGGGUAUUGAUGUCGGCGUAGCUGGGGCCGUAGGCGGCGGUAGCGGAUCAGCGUCGAGAGGUGGUGUCGGCGGUAGCUCAAGAGGCGCAAAGAGGAACAGAGGCCGAGGAAAGUGA